GAUCAUUCUUGUGCUUCACCGACCAUGGCCGAGUCGACACCCACCUCGCCGGCCACCGCGAUGCGCGCGCCGCUCUCGGGCCUGCAGUACGCUGCCGUUGGCUCUGUCGCGGGCAUGUUUGAAGUCUGCGUGCAGCAGCCGAUGAUGUACAUCAAGAACUGUGUCCAGCAAAGCCGGCCCAUGUCCUUCCACCCGCUCGUCAUGUACCGCGGCGUCGGCGUCAUGUGUGCGUCCAUUGCGCCUGUCUCGGCCGUGCAGUUUGCCGUCGACGGCGUUCUAACGACGUCGCUUCGCUCGGCGGACGUGCCGUCGUCCGAGGGCUCGCGCAUCCUCACGGCAGCGACGGCCGGCGUUUGCUCGUCGCUACUGAGCUCGCCGGCCGAGCUCGUCAUGACGCUGCAGCAGCACACGGGCCACGGCGUGCAGCGCACCAUUCAAGACGUGACAGCGGCACACGGCGUCGGACGGCUCUACCGCGGGCUGCCGUACACGUGCCUUCGCGAAAUGAUCUGGUGCGCGAGCUACCUCGCGCUUGGCCCCGUCCUCGGCGAGAAGCUCCACGCACACUUUCCCGAGACGUUUGGCGAUGCCGCGACUGCAUCGCUCUCGCAACGGGGCGCUGCUGCCAUGGGUGGCAGCAUUGGCGCCGGGCUCAUCGCGGUCCUCGCCACGCAGCCCGUGGACACGGUCAAGACGAUCAUGCAAGGCAACGCGCUCGACAAGAACGCGCUGGGUCUCGUGGGCGAGACGCGUCGGCUCUGGGCCCAAGGCGGGAUUCGUUCCAUGUACAAGGGCACGAUCCCGCGCGGCAUCCGUCUCAUUGGCGCCGUCUUCAUCUUGUCCGAGACCAAGAAGAUCCUCGAGGACCAGUGCCACCGCUACUACGACGCGCCUGCGACGGUCACGGCGUAGCAAGUCGGCCUUUCUAGUACAUGCUAUAAAUAGAAUUUCGAACCGUU